UUAUUUAUCUCGAAAAUGGUUCAAUAGGUAGUUAAAAAUCUAAAAUAUUAAUUCAACACUCAAUUUGUCCUCAUAGCGGACUAUGCAAAUUCGGUUUACAUUACAAACAAACACAUCAAACAGGCUUAUGAUACAGAUGCUACAGGAUUGGAGACUGUAAUUUCAAAUAUUAUCAAUGGAGAUAAAUCGAUGAAGACACUUAAUUUAAUGUUGGUUAUACCGGAAAAAGCAAAUAUUUUCAGAAUUAAUCAUGAUGAACCAUUUAUUAUCAACUUACCAGAAAAUGUUGCCAUAGCUGACCAGGAGAGGGUGCAAGAAGCAAUUUCCCAUGCUACAAAUAUCCCUGUGCCUCAACGUGACCCGAACGAAAAUAUUGAGAAUGAUUCGUUAUUACUGCUUGGAGAUCACAGAAGACAGAUUACAGGAAAAGUUGCAACAAAUGUACUUAUCGCUGCAUUAGAUAAUGGAACACCGGAAUUCCACAACCUUCUCGAAAUAUGUCGUCUAAUAGCGUUGGUACGAAGUAUACGAUUUCCAGAUGCAUGUAUAAGAACCGCUGUUGUUGAUCACUCUGAAAACGCUUGCACGUUGACUUCACGAAAUGGCAGAUUCCAAUACAGACCUCAUAUGGGCUAUAUUGUCGGGUUAAGGGCAAUGAGUCCUGAUGUUAAUGAAUUUGUGGAAGUUUUGAACGAAAUAGUGUUUUGGUUCUGGUAAAACAGACCAUCAAGCGCAGCUAGUUUUUAAAAAAAU